CUGGUGACAAGGACCCCUCGCCCUCCCGUCGGGGCCUUUGUCACCGACAGCAGGGCCGACAUGUGCCUAUGACCAUGGAGAUGAAGGACUCUGGCAGCGUGGUCCUGACAGCUUACCAUCCCCACAGCCCGGCCAGGAUCCCAGGCAUGGAGCAGAGCUUUGUGCAGGACAUCCCUCCCAGCCAUUCGCCCACCAGCAGAAAGUCUCUCUCUCGGUGUCGAAGACUUAACAGGAUGCUUUCCAGUGAGUCCACACCUCCUCCUGCAUUCAGUCGCUCCAACUCACAGGCCUCCAUGGACAGCACCUCCAUGGAGGACUUCUGGUGUGAAGUGGAGAGCAUCAAGGAGAGCAGUGAAGAUGGAUCUGAAGAAGCAACGCUCUUGGAAUUUAAACCUGCUGAUGAAGGGGAGCUGGAGGCAGAAUGGCUGCAAGACGUAGGUUUGUCUACAUUGAUCUCGGGAGCUGAAGAGGAGGACGGCCAAGCCCUGCUGUCCACGCUGACCCGAACUCAAGCUGCCGCUGUACAGAAGAGGUACAACACUUACACUCAGACCCUGAGGAAGAAGAACAAGCACACAGUGCGGGAUGUGAGAGACAUCUUUGGUACCAAUGACUCUUCUACCACAUUUGAGACAGUUCCAGUGUCACCAGUUCCUUCUAAUGGUAUCCAGCUUCCUGGGCAGAAGCCAGUUUGGAAAUCAGUUAGCUCUAAUAGUUGUCUAGACUGUGGACUAGACAAAGGCAGCCCAUCCGUAACAGAAGAGCUCUCCUAUGAGGUCUCUUUCUCAGAAUCCAUUACAGUCCUUCCAAAAAACCAAGAAUGGCCAAAAAACCAGAGGUUCAAAAAGGAAGACUCUGCUUUACCUAAAUUCAUAGUUCGGAAAAGCCGGUUUGGGCUGACAGAAGUUGGAGACCUCUCUCCUGAAGACAUGAAGAAGAUCCGCUACCUCUCCCUGAUUGAGCUAACUGCCUUCUACGACGCCCUGGGGGUGGAGCUGAAGAGGAACCGUGUGGAGAGGGUGCGGGGACGAGAAAAUGGUCUGUUUGGAGUCCCUCUCACCAUACUGCUGGAGAAUGAUCAAAAGAAGGUUCCUGGAAUAAAAGUUCCCCUCAUCUUCCAAAAAUUACUGCUCAAGCUUGAGGAAACAGGUUUAGAAACUGAAGGAAUUCUACGAGUGCCUGGAUCUGCCUCCAGAGUCAAGAAUCUCCAUCAAGAGCUUGAGGCAAAAUUUUAUGAAGACACUUUUGACUGGGACCAAGUACGAAAUAACGAUGCAGCAGGACUGCUGAAAAUGUUUAUAAGGGAACUCCCAAGCCCCCUUUUCACAGUAGAGUAUCUGCCUGCUUUCAUCACACUAGUGGAAAAAAUCUCCAAGAUCAAGUUACAGCUGCAAGCUUUGCAUCUGUUGAUCAUGCUGCUGCCUGAAGCUAACAGAGACACAGCAAAGGCCUUUCUUCAGUUCCUGAAGAAGGUGGUUGCUAAUGAGGGGAAAAACAAAAUGAACUUGUGGAAUGUUUCUAUGAUUGUUGCACCAAACCUCUUCAUCUACAAAGGGAAGCGUGCAAACCAACAAGAAAUGCAAGCAGCCGCCACCACAGCGCACAUUGUGAGGCUUUUAAUUCGGUACCAGGACAUCCUGUGGACAGUCCCAUCCUUUCUCAUCUCCCAGGUGAGAAAAAUGAAUGAGGCAGCAAUGAAUAACAGCAAGAGGCAGCUGAUGUUUGACAAAGGAGUGAGAAAACUUCUGAGGAGAAAGACCAUGGAACGGGAAAGACCUGAAAGACCAGAGGGAGCUGUCACUUUUCCCCCAUACCUGCAGUCCGACAUACCUGAGGGGGUGAUAAGAGUUUAUGCUCCACUGCAUUCAAAAGUCUCCAUGGCAAUUCAGCUCAACAGCCAAACAAAAGCCAAAGACAUCCUGGCUCGAUUCCACUGUGAAAACAGCCGCGGCUCAUCACAGAACAUGAGAGGCCAGAUCCAAAGUUUACAUGAAAUUGGAGGAAAUAUAGGUCAGCACUGCUUGGAUCCAGACGCUUACAUGUUAGAUGUUUACCGUGCAAAUCCUCAGGCAGAAUGGGUGAUAAAACCAAAAGCAAGCUGAAGCAGAAGGUCAUGGUGUGCUGGACAAAAGCCAAAUGAACAACAGCAAUGCCUGUCAUUUUAAGAAGCUCUUGACAGAGAUGAAACAAAGUGGUAGCUACAGGAGAUCAUUCCUUCCUACCAUACUGUCCAACUGAUGUUCGCCAUGUACUACUUUUGGUAUAAGCAUUAUCACUCCGGCUUCUGGACCAUCUGAAAAUAUCACAUCAGUUAUGCUUCAUAUGGGUUACACUUGUGCCAGGAGGCUCAGGAGUGAAGGAGGAUGGACCAAGGUACGGUGCACAGAAAACAACCUGUCACAUACUGAUUUGCUUGUUUCCUGACCUGGUGUUAGAACAUGAUUUUUUUUAAAGAAUCCAGUGGCAUCCAUGGAUGCAUGAAACACUACAGACCACGGCGUAAUGUAGAAGCAUCACAGAGACAUUCAAUAAGAGAAAGUAUCUGUCAAGCAUGGAAGAGAGGACCUCAACCUACAGCAGUGCCAAGAUGUAGCUGUGUGACAAAAUCAACCUUUCUGCUGAAAGCAAACCUGUACAGUGUGCAUUACUGCAAUAGAUAUGUCUCUUAGUCACUCCUCGUAAGUACCUGAUGGUGGAGGAGGGAGGGAGGCAGGAGGAAGAACUACUGUAUAGGCAGCUAUACUGCUUU